CUAAAAAAGUAGUAUCUGACUUGAGCCUCUUCCUGGGAACAUUGGCUAGGAACUCAACAUUUUGUCCUCUAAAAUAUACCAACUGGUCAGGAAUGCCAGAAAAAAAUAAAAACCGUGUAUGGAGAUAUGCUAAUCGGAAGUUUAUCUUGUCGGUUGAAGCACGAGAUUGGGUUGAGACUACUGUUAGAGAUGCAUGGAGAAGAUAUAAGUACAAGAUUAAGCAGCAUCAUUUUCUAAAGUAUCCCAACAUGACCGAAAGACUUAAACAUCGUCCUCCAAAGGUGCCAAUAGCUCAUUUUAGGGCGCUUUGUGAAUACUGGAGUAAGGAGCCUAUACAAGCAUUGGCUGAAAGUAACGCUAGAAAUAAAGCUCAACUGAAGUGGCUGCAUCGAAUGGGUCCCCAAAACUUCUCUCUGACUCGUGAAAAACUGCGUGAAAAGGAAAAAAGAGAGCCCACUCAAUCAGAAAUGUUUUUUGAAACUCGAAAAGGAAGUAGAGGAAAACAAUUGGAUGAAGAAACUGGAAAAGUAUUUUCCCAACUUCAAGAAAUGGUUGAAAAGAAAGGAAGUGAUACUGAAGCUUUUAAAGCUGUUAUGGGAAAGGAGCGUCCCGGAAGGUUACGUUGUUAUGGGAGAACAGUAACUAAAACUUCCUUAAAGCGAAAGGUUGAGAUUAAUGCUUUGAAACAAGCACAUAGUCAAGAGGUAUCUACUUUGAGGCAUGAAUUUCAAGAUCAGAUUGAUAGAUUGCAAAAUGCGUUUAAGACCGUCAUACAACAAUGCAAUCCUCAAUUAAAUAUGGCCUCAAUAGAACAUUUGCUUGGAUUAUCUCAUGGAGAUGCUAACAGCUCCCCAAAGGAUAGUGGAGCACAAAUGCAUUCCUCUCCUUCAAUUCAUACUCCAUGUCCUGAAAAGCAAGUUAUCAAUGAAGAUGCUGUACAGGAUGACAUAGAUGAGGAGGAAGACGGAGAUGAUGAAUUUCUUGAGGACGAAUUUCUUGAGGACAACUUAAGUGAUGAAUUUCAGGAGGAUGAUGUAGAUGAUGAAUUUCAAGAGGAUGACCUAGAUGAUGAAAUUCAAGAGAAUGACAUCGGUGAUGAAUUUGAAGUGGACGAUUUGGCUAAUGAAUUACAAGAUAAACUUGAAUGAUCGAGUUGGAUGGUGUUUUAUUUUGGAUUGUAGUUAAGCCACUAAACUUGUCCGAACUUUAGUUUUGUUAUUUUGCUAGGCUUAUACUUCGAAGCAUUAAACUUAUCAAGUAAUGUUUGACAUUUUGAUUACUAUUAUGUCUUGAAUUAAUGUUUGAACUAUGUUAUUAUAUUACUUCUUUUGUGGUUGUAUUGUUAAA